AUGGCGCGAAGUCGGCGUUACCUCUUGUCUUCAUCGACGUCGUUGAUACGACACGGACUUCCUGUCCCUUUCUUCAAGCUCAGCGGGUACUUUAUCCCACUCGAUGUCGCAACGGUUGAUGUUGUUUUGGGGAAGAAGAGAGCACAUCUUUCAACGAAUGUCGGCGCUGUUCAUGAAGGCUUGGGCGUGUCCUUGGGUGUGAUGCUACACGGACGAGGCGGCAUCUGCGAGGACGAUACUCCUCCAACACAGUUGGGAAGAAGAGGAGGACAUUGGAAAGUGGAACGAGGGAUGCGUACAGCGCGAAUAAUGCCACGACCAGCGUUCGAGGUACAGAUAAAUGCGACAUGUAAGGUUGGAUAUGACGUAAAACGAACGCAUGUCCAGCGUAAACAGCAGCGAAUCUUGGCCCCCAUGGAAAGAGAGCACGCAGGGAAAUGCAACGUUCACCAUUAUAGAUCAGGGUCGUACUUUUGCGAGGUGUGGCCGAGGAUGAGAGACGUGGCUACCGGUGCAUCAGAUCUGAAUGGCUUGGGUCCAUGGAACUUCGCAGCUGGGGGUGCUUGUCGACGCGUAGCUUUUGAAGUUCCUUCGAGAAAUCGAAGGAAAACAUACGUCCAUCGCACUCGAGGACGAGGAGGAGGGGUAGAAGGAGAUCUGGAAACACGCCGGGUGGCUGUGGCAGGCAAACAGGUGGCGGGAGUGAAGGGACGCGGGAGGGAGGAUGACCAGGAGUGUCAGUAUCUGAUGCCGGCUGAAGGGGAUGGUGGUGAUGAUGGAGAAUGGAAAAGACAGCAGCAGAUGCAGCAUUACGGUGUUGCCAAUGUAGAUGCCCUUGUGUAG